GGGGGCGGGCUCGCAGCAGAGGGUCCGCGGCUGAAGGAAGCCGCGCGGAGGCCCGGAGUGAGGCUACUCUAUUCGCCGCACCAUGGACUCACGCCUCGAAGACUAUGAGCUCAACGGCGACCUGCGUCCGGUCUCGCCCAGCUCUCCGGACGCCUCGCCACCCCGCUGGGGCAGGAACCGCCCCAUCAACAUGAACCAUUAUGCCAAUAAGAAGAGCGCGGCUGAGAGCAUGCUGGACAUCGCACUGCUGAUGGCCAAUGCCUCCCAGCUGAAGGCCGUCAUCGAGCAGGGCCCCAGCUUCGCCUUCUUCAUCCCCCUGGUGGUCCUCAUCUCCAUCUCGCUCGUGCUGCAGGUUGGCGUGGGCGUGCUGCUCAUCUUCCUUGUCAGGUACGACCUCAACAACCCUGCCAAGCAUGCCAAGCUGGACUUCCUCAACAAUCUGGCCACCGGCCUGGUUUUCAUCAUCGUCGUGGUCAACAUCUUCAUCACUGCCUUCGGCGUCCAGAAGCCCAUGAUGGAUGUGGCGCCCCGGCAGUAGGAGCUCAGGAAGAAGCAGAGGUCAGGGUCCUGGCUUUGACCUGCCCUCCCUCCCCCACCAACUGCCCUCAUGGUGUGUCCAGGAUGGUGGCUGGGCCCACGCCCCCAGGUCCAGCCCUGCCCAGGCCUGGCACAAGUGGAUGCUGCCCAGCACUGCAUCCCUGGGGUGUCUGGAAUAGCCUGUGGCCUGCAGUGUGGGCUGGCUACAGCCACACCAGAGAGAUGCCAGCCUGUGUGCACCGCAGAUGUGGCUGACAGAUCUAGUUCCUCCUUCAGCCAGGACAGGAAGUUCAUCCAGACAUCGAGGGAGAGGGUAAGUCCCAAAUGACUGGACUGGAUCCCAUGUCACCAAGCCAGGCUGGCCUCCACAGAUGUGAGGAGCAGUGGGGACAGGGCAUGACAGAGGGUGGGCCUGGGCAUCCUGGCCCUCUAUAGCCAGUGUCCCAGUUCCCUCCUCACAGGUAGACAUGACAGCCCCCCACCUCCCCACCCACCAGCACUCAGGCUCAUGUCUCAACAGUUCUGGCCCCCUGACCUCACUCAGAUACAUUUCUAUCUCAGGACCUUGGCAACAUGCUGCUACUCUCCGGGGUUAGUGCUCUGCCCUGAGGUCCUCCCCAGAGGCCCUCCUGACCACCUCUGCUGGUCACUGUCAUGGUGGAGCCCUUUGGGUUUACUCUGCCUUUGGUGACAUGGGCUAGCAUCAUGGUCCACAGUGUCCCCCUGGGGCCUGUAUCUGAGCCCUUCCCAUCCCUGCACUGCCUGGCUCAAGACUGGGGUUGGCUCCUGAGAAGGAGGGUCCUGCCCACUGUCUCCCAAGAUGGCUAAGGGGGCUCUGCCCAAGCUGGGGGAGGAGGUAGCCCCCUUAUUCAUGCCUGCACUUCUAUCUGGUCUGAUGUGGCUUUCCCAUCGGAGGCCACCACCCACAGCCAUGACCCCACCACUGGGUCUGGCAUAUAGUCAGUGCUUAGUAAACACCCACUGUAGACCCAUUUGCUCCUCCACGAGUCCUGAGCCCUGCACAUGUGACAUAGGGAUGGACAGAAAACCGAGGCCCAGAGAGCUGGUCAGGGCCAAGCCAGGCCCCAAGCAGGUAUGACAACCCUCAGCAAGUCCUCUGAGACCCUAACACAUCCACUGCCUGCUGACGACCCCCUCUGUCCUGCUGGGCAGCUGCCCCACCUGGGGACUCCGCUCUGCCCUCCCUGGGAUGGCAGAAACCCUGAGAGUUGGUGAGGGGCUCAAGGACUAAGAGGUAAGGAAAUGUGCCAGAUUGGGGGACUCCGCAGAGGGACACUCCCAGAGUGAAGUCUUCAGGGGAGGGGCUCUCAAGGCUGAUGCUCCAGGACCCAGAGGGAGCCCUGUGGAGGGACGGCCUGUAGUGCAUGAGCCCGGAGGCCGUGUGAGCUACAACUUGAGAGUUGAGCUGGGACUUGAGACUUGGGCUGGGCCUUGAGGGUGCAGGGUGGUCAGUGUCAGGGAGGGGCAGUCAUGCAGAGCUUGGAAUCGAGGGUGGCUGAGUGAGAUGGGAGGACUGUGUGCUUAACCUUCUUAUCAUCAAAGAGAUGAUGGCUGAUGGAUGGAUGACAUGAUUCACAGGUGAUGGAUGAUAGAUGAUAGGUGGUAGAUGGGUAUAUGAUAGACAGACAGAAAGAUGAUAGACAGAUGGGGGUAGGGAUGCAUGAGUUAACUCCAGGACACCCCGGCAGAGUCGCCAGAUGAGGAACUAGCUCUGUGCCAGUGGAAGCCCAGACAGGACCCCUCUGUCUCUCCUGGGAACUUUUGAUGGCGUCUCCUCAUCUCUCAGGUGUCCUAAGUGGGUCCGAGGAUACCUUCAACCUUGGUGUAUUCUAGAUCUGAUUCAUUCUGCAGGCUCUCCUGCCACCCGGCCCCCAUGUCCACUGUCUGCCCUUUAAGGCCCAGACCCACUUGACCUGAGUGGAGGAAGGACAGGGUGAGUGGGGGGCUCUGAGGAAAGCAGGCCGGGGUGGGAGGGGGCCAGAGGACUGAGAAGGUGGGCUUUUGCUGCAGGACCGGAUCCAUCCUGCUUCCCACACCUGCCACACCCCCUACCCAACUCCUUCCUUUCUCUCCGGUGCCUUCUUGUCCAUCUGCCUUUGACUGAAUUGAAGUCCUCCUUUCUCAAUGCAUUACUUUUAAAAAUCAGGGAGUUGUGGAGUUCCCAUCGUGGCACAGU